AUGGAUACAUUCAAUGUGUGUCAAACCUUGUUCUCACAGUAUGCCAGCGUGGUGGAAGAUGGGGAGCAUUACAUGACUCCUAAAGACUUCGUGCAGAUUUACCUGGGUCUGCAAACACAGCCACAACAUAACCCCAAAACUGUGGGCUUGAUAGCAGGUGUGGUUGACACCACCAAAGAUGGGUUGAUCUCAUUCCAGGAGUUUCUGGCCUUUGAGUCAGUCCUGUGCGCUCCAGAUGCCCUAUUCAUAGUUGCCUUUCAGCUGUUCGACAAGACAGGCACAGGAAACGUUUCAUUUGAGAAUGUACGUGACAUCUUCAGCCAGACCACAAUCCAUCAUCACAUUCCUUUCAACUGGGACUGUGAGUUCAUCAGGCUUCACUUCGGCCAUGACAGAAGCAAGAACCUCAGCUACACAGAAUUCACCCAGUUUCUGCAGGAGCUGCAGCUGGAGCAUGCCCGCCAGGCUUUUGCCCAAAAAGACAAAGAGAAAAGUGGCACCAUCACGGCCUUGGACUUCAGUGACAUCAUGGCCACCAUCAGGCACCAUAUGUUGACUCCAUUUGUAGAGGAGAAUCUGGUUUCUGCUGCUGGAGGAAGCACCUCCCACAUGGUGAGCUUCUCCUACUUCAACGCCUUUAACGCCCUCCUCAACAACAUGGAAAUGAUUCGAAAGAUUUACAGCACCGUAGCCAGCACAUUUAAAGACACGCUGGUCACCAAAGAAGAAUUUGUCCAUGCUGCCAAUAAGUUUGGUCAAAUCACACCAAUGGAAAUCGACAUUCUCUACCAACUUGCUGGUCUCCACACUCACUCGGGGCGGCUCAACCAAAGUGACAUCGACAGGAUAGCCCCGUUGGAGGAAGGAGACAUGCCUUACUACCUUGCCGAGGCACCAAGACAGUACACUCACGAAUCGUCCCAGCCCGUCUGGCUCCAGGUUGCGGAGUCUGCCUACAGAUUCACUCUGGGCUCAAUUGCUGGAGCCACGGGUGCCACAGCUGUGUAUCCUAUCGAUCUGGUCAAGACUCGCAUGCAGAACCAGCGGUCUACGGGCUCAUUAGUGGGCGAGCUAAUGUACAAGAACAGCUUCGACUGUGCUAAAAAAGUCCUGCGCUAUGAGGGUGUCUUUGGCUUCUACAGAGGUCUCCUCCCACAGAUCAUUGGUGUGGCCCCGGAAAAAGCCAUCAAACUCACGACGAAUGAUUUCGUCCGAGACAAGUUCACCAGACAAGAUGGUUCCAUCCCUCUGGCUGCUGAAAUCUUAGCUGGUGGAUGUGCUGGAGGCUCCCAGGUAAUUUUCACCAAUCCUCUGGAGAUUGUGAAGAUCCGCCUGCAGGUGGCCGGAGAAAUCACCACGGGCCCCAGGGUCAGCGCCCUCAACGUUGUACGAGAAUUGGGCUUCUUUGGCCUUUACAAGGGAGCUAAAGCCUGCUUCCUGAGGGACAUCCCCUUCUCCUCCAUUUACUUCACCGCUUAUGCACACACCAAAGAGAUGCUUGCAGAUGAGAAUGGGAAAGUGGGGGCACUUCAGCUGCUCACUGCCGGAGCAGUUGCAGGCAUCCCGGCAGCGUCGCUGGUGACCCCCGCUGAUGUCAUCAAGACGAGACUGCAGGUGGCGGCCAGAGCAGGCCAGACCACGUACAACGGAGUCAUCGACUGUUUCAGGAAGAUCCUCAAGGAGGAAGGCUUUAGGGCCUUCUGGAAGGGUACCGGAGCUAGAGUCUUCCGAUCAUCACCACAGUUUGGUGUGACCUUGUUGACCUAUGAAUUACUACAGAGAUGGUUUCACAUCGACUUUGGCACUCAUCAUCCGUCGGGAUCGCAGCCCAUUCCCAGUCCCAAAUCGAGGGACCUCCCUCCCGCCAGCCCUGACCACGUCGGUGGAUACCGUCUGGCGGCCGCCACAUUUGCAGGCGUGGAGAGAAAGUUUGGCCUUCAACUUCCGAUAUUUGAAGGUGCUGUCGGCAAAGCCUAA